CGAUCUUCCUGCAUUAGGUUUUUCGGCCAAAAGAGUUGGAUAUUUGGCUUAGAAUAGAAGCUGGUCUUUUGGUUCCGCUCCAAACUUGUCCAACUCUCAUGAUACAAUAAAAGCCCAGAUUUACAACAAACUAUCAUAAUCUGGCUGUAUAAAUAUUCAAUUACCUCAAACGCACAUCAAAACCAACCAAACGACAGAAUGGCUACUUGUGACCCUCAACAGCUCAAGACUUGGCAGGAGAAAUGUUCCUGGGCCCAAAGUCGUCGCGACGAUGGCCUGGCCAAGGUCUCACCCAAGCUUGAGGGACUGCCUCAAGAGUGGCCUCUCGACGCACGGGUUGUAGCCAAGUCUGUCUUGACGCCACGUGAGAUAGAAAUCACUGAGAAUUAUGGAGUUAUGAAUCUCCUGAAAGCACUGCGCGAGAGGAAAUACACAGUGGAGGAAGUGACCCGAGCAUUCCUGAGAAGAGCUGCCCUUGCACAGGCUGCGACAAACUGCCUAACCGAGCUACUAUGGGACGAGGCGAUUUCCCGUGCAAAGGAACUCGACUCCCUGCCCGAACCAAAGGGUGCCUUUUUCGGCCUCCCAAUCUCCAUCAAGGAGCACCAAGGCAUGAUGAAAAUGGGCGACAAGGAAGUCGUCUCUCAUGCCUCGUACGUACAUUGGAUUGGGAAGAAGCAUGGCCCCAUCAUGUACCAACAGAUACUGUGGGAAGAAGGCUGCGUUUUCUACUGCCGUACCACGCAGCCGCAGACCAUCAUGCACCUCGAGACCAACAGCAACAUCUACGGUCGUACUCUUCAUCCUCACAACCGCAACUUGACCCCUGGUGGAAGCAGCGGUGGAGAGUCGGCACUGCUUGGCUUCAGGGGUAGCAUUUUUGGCAUGGGAGGUGAUAUCGGCGGUAGUGUGCGCUGUCCUUCUGCACAUGUUGGUAUUUACGGCUUCAAGCCUACCAACAAACGUAUCCCAGCAGGCGGUCAGAGAACUCAUAUGAUUGGCAAGGAGGCCAUCAUGUCUACUCCAGGCCCAAUGACGGUCGAUCGUGACGCCAUGGAGCUCUUUAUGCAAGUGAUACUCGCUAGAGAACCAUGGCGGCUUGAUCCAUCUAUCGAUGCGCGGCCCUGGGUCCCUUUCAAGUUUUCAAAGCCUCUCAAAAUUGCCGUGCAGUGGUGGGACGGUGUAGUCAGGCCGCACCCACCCAUGACGCGUGCACUGAAAGAAGUCAGUGAGGCUUGCCGCAAAGCAGGUAUGGAAGUGGUAGACUGGGACCCCAAGUCUGAUUACUUGAAGAUUCCCGAUCAUAGCAAGGGUUGGGAAAUUAUUUCCUCCCUCUACUUUCCAGACGGUGGUCAGGAGGUGCUUGGACACCUGGAAGCCAGUGGCGAGCCUCUGCUACCACUUACGAAGUUUAUCAUUCAAGAGCAGCCCAGCGUAAAGAACCUGACGCAUGCUGAGCUUUGGGAGCGCUGUACGGAAAGGGAUAGCUACCGUGCGGAAUACGCCCGAGCGUGGACAGCAACCGCGUCACUACCUGGUUCGGACGGGCGCGAGGUCGACGUAAUACUCUGCCCUCCUUCAUUCGGAGCCGCGGCGCCUCACGAUCAGUCACGCUACUGGGGAUACACUGCAAACUGGAACCUGCUCGACUACCCAGGUGUGGUCUUUCCUGUAACGACGGUCGACCCUCAAAAAGACCCCGUGGAUUCGACUUAUGAGCCAAAGAAUGCCCAAGACAAAUUCGUGCAUGAGAUGUACGACCCUGCCGAAUACACAAACGCUCCGGUGAGCUUGCAAAUUGUCGGCCGCAGACAGCACGACGAAAAGGUUUUGGCUGCACUUGUCGAGAUUGAAAGGGCUAUGGGCAGGACGUAGAUGGACAAGGUUCCAAAGGGAGUGUCUUGAUGCAAGUCUACCUGUGAUCAAACAAUACAGUACUCCAACUACUAUGCAUUCAGGAACUCGAUGGUCACUUUUCCGCUUUGAUAUCACAGAGAAUGG